AUGUCAAGAGACGCACCAAUUAAGGCUGAAAAAGAUUAUUCAGAGAUAAUUAAGGACGAGUUUCCAAAGAUUGAUAUAUUAGCACAGAAUGAUACUAACGCAGCUUUAGAUAAGUUAUUAGUGUUAGAGAAGAAAACUAGACAGGCUGCAGACUUAGUCUCAUCGAAGGAGGUUCUUGUUAAGAUCGCAGAUUUAUUGAUCAAUAAUGGCGAUUGGGAUGGAUUACAAGAACAAUUGGUAUUGUUAUCAAAAAAACAUGGUCAAUUGAAGCUAGCUUUACAAUAUAUGAUUCAACAUGUUAUGAAAUGUUUGAAAGAAAAUGGUGGUGAAACUGAUGACGAUCUCUUGAAGGAUACCCCUUUUAUUACUUUAAACACUAGAAUUGCAGUAAUUGAAACUAUAAGAAUUGUCACUGAAAAUAAAAUAUUUGUUGAAACUGAAAGAGCAAGAGUAACAAGAGAUUUGGCUCAUAUUAGAAAAAAGCAAAAUAAGAUUGAUGAAGCUACUGAAAUAUUAUGUGAAUUACAAGUCGAAACCUAUGGCUCAAUGGAAAUGUAUGAAAAAAUUGAAUUUAUUAUUGAACAAAUGGAACUAAGUAUAUUAAUUAAAAGCUAUUCGCAGGCUACUAUUUUAUCUAGAAAGAUAUUAAAGAAAACAUUCAAGAAUGAAAAAUAUGAACAAUUGAAGUUAGAAUAUUAUAAAUUACUAAUAAAGAUUGGGUUAUUCAAAAAAGAAUAUUUAGAAGUCGCUCAAUUCUUCAUUGAAAUUUAUCAAACAAAAUCAAUAAAAGAAAAUGAACAACAAUGGAAAGCUGCAUUAUCUCAUAUUGUUUAUUUCUUGGUUUUGUCUCCAUAUGGUAAUCUACAAAAUGAUUUGAUUCAUAAAACAUUAUUGGAUAAUAAUUUGAAGAAAUUAGAGGUUCAAGAGUCAUUGAUAAAAUUAUUUACAACAAAAGAAUUAAUGAGAUGGCCAAUAGUGAAAAGCACAUUUGAACCUGUAUUGAGUAAAGAAGAGUUUGCAUUCAGUGGUGAAGAAAGUGAACAGCAUUGGGAAGAAUUACGUAAAAGAGUUGUUGAACAUAACUUAAGAGUCAUUUCAGAAUAUUAUUCAAGAAUUUCAUUGAGUAGACUGAAUGAAUUAAUUGAUUUAACUGAAACCGAAUCUGAGAAAUUCAUAAGUAAUAUGGUUAACCAAGGUAUUAUAUAUGCUAAAAUUAACAGACCAACCAAGAUUGUUAAUUUUGAAAAGCCAAAAAAUUCGAAUGAAUUAUUAAAUGAAUGGUCAAAUAAUGUUGAUCAACUAUUAGAACACAUUGAAACCAUCGGUCAUUUAAUCACAAAGGAAGAGAUCAUGCACGGUUUAAAAGCUAAAUAA